AGUCGUGGGCGUGGAAGGCACCAUGAAACAAUGUCACGUUGUGCUUCGUCGUUUGUGUAAAAACGAUGCUGUAUCGAGUUUCUGUUUAAUUGCUCGUGUCCUCUCCCUCCCGUUUGACAAUAAAACCCUAGGGUGGAGAAUAACCCAAAACCUCUGCGAAUCUCUUGCUCUGUGUAUGUUUGUGUGUGAGUAAAACUGAAGAAUAAAAUCGAAAAGAAUAGAAAAAAAAUGGUGAUAGAAAGUUACGUGGUUGUGCACAACAUUGCGAAGAGGCACAACGUGGGCACUCUGGCACGAAGUGCCACCGCAUUUGGUGUGACGGAGCUCAUACUCGUUGGCCGCAGGGACUUCAACGCUUUUGGUAGCCAUGGCUCCACCUCUCACCUCCGAUUCCGCCAUUUCCACUCUCUCCUGGACGCCCGCAAUUUCCUCAAGGAGAAGGAUUGUGAUAUUUGUGGUGUGGAGAUUGCUGAUGGUGCUUUGCCCGUAAAUGAGCAUCCUUUCAAGAAGAGCACGGCUUUCCUUCUCGGCAACGAGGGAACAGGACUAUCUGCCAAAGAAUGUGAGAUGUGCGACUUUUUUGUUUAUAUCCCACAAUAUGGGUGUGGCACAGCCUCAUUAAAUGUUACUGUAGCAGCUUCCAUUGUUUUGCACCAUUUUGGAGUUUGGGCAGGCUUUUCUGAGAGAAUCCGUGAGGGAAAUAAGUUUAUUGUGGCAGAGAGACCUAUGAAACAGGUGAAAUACUGCACAGAAACUGAAGACUCUAUCAUUGAAGAGCGAAAAUCUAGAAAAGAAUAUGCCUCUAAUGGAUUCUUUGAUGAGACGAGAAAUGGAGAUUCAACUUCUAACCUUCUGGAUGCUUUGUUUAGUGAGUAGUAAUUGAACUUGUAUAUGUCAUUUUCUCAACCCUAUAAAACAAAUUGACGUCAUGCAAUUCAUGAGGUGAGAGGUCACGGGUCUUUGUUCCUAAGUGUUGUAAAGGAGCAGCAAGCAGCUUAUACCGUUCAGUGCAGAAAAGAGCCUAUCAUCAGUCAAGGUUUGUGAGUAAACCUAUUUAAAAGGAACUUCAAUGAUAGUGUUAGAACAUUUGCAGGUUAAACUCAGGAGGAUGAACAUUAGCUGUAAUGAAAUGUUGAAAUUGAUUUGACUAUGAGCAUGAAUGUUCAAAUACAGAAUAUUUGCUUGAGCAGCAUUGUUAAA